AUGGCGGUUCUGACUUUCACACUCACUCCGGAAGCUCUGGGGAGAUUGCAUGAUGCACUCGUGUGUCUUGGAAAAUUCAGUGAAACCGUAUCUAUCGAAGCUACUCAAAGCAGGCUCAUUUUGACCACACUCAACUCUACAAAGUCGGCUUAUGCUUCCUUCACCUUGGUGGGAAAUAAAUUCUUCUCCAAGUAUCAAUAUACGCCAGUGCGUAGUGGUCGCCAAACACAAGAAAAGUUUAGCUGCAAGAUUUACAACAAAGCCUUGUUAGCUGUUUUUAAGGGUCGUAUUGGGGGCGAUGCUUCCAAGGAAAAAGACACUGCCAUUGAAAAGUGUGACGUAUCAAUUGAGGAUGGAGACGGGGCAACAAAAAGUCGUUUCAUUGUGAGAAUUUUAUGCAGGCAUGGAGUGUUAAAGAUUUACCGGCUGAAUUUCGAAGCUGUUCCGCCUCUGCAUGCGCUGUUCUCAAGAGAUGCGGCUUGUAAUAGCUGGUCGAUAUCUUCAAAAACAAUGCCAGUCUUGAAGCAGCCUUUACGCACCACAAUCGCCGUGGAAACCUCGGAAUUCGUCGAGUUCAGCGUCGAAGAGCAGCUUCAUAUUAUUACCAGCGUCAAAGACUUCAAGUCAAUCAUCGCUCAUGCAGGGAUAACCAACACAAACAUUAGAGCUUUAUACUCAAAUCCUUCAAGUCCAAUGCAGCUUACGUACAGUGAGGACGGAAUGCAGUGCGAAUUUAUCCUUAUGACAACCGGUGAAGCAAGGGCGAUAUCUACAAUACCAGCGACAAAUGGGGUUCGAGCUUCAAAAGGACCAGCUGUAAGACAGGCCUUGGAGGCCACAUCGAGUUUGAAAAGAACUAGAUUUGGCUCCGAGAUGGCUGCACCAGUUGAUCCAGAACAAAAUCUGAUUCGAGAGAACACGAGAAGAAAGAUUUCUAGGCCUUCUCCUCCACCUCCCCAACCCAGCAUUCAAUCGCAAGCGCUGUUUAUGCCGGCGAACGAUGACGACCGUAGAUGGGACCCUGUUGAUUAUGAGUAUGAGGACAAUGAGAUGUUACUGUGGGAUGCAAAUGUAGACGAAUCCUCGGCUAGUGAUCCAAGUCGCCGAUUACAAGAGACUCAGAACAAAAGUAACCCCAAGGAUUCGGAGGUACCUAGCGAAAAAUAUAUAACCGUGCCAACACAACGUGUGGCACCAACUCAGCGCCUAUCACAAGUUCGUGGUAUGUUUGAUGAGUGA